CCGGAGAACACGUGACACAGAGGCGGAAGUUGAACUGUCUGGCAGAAAAGAUAACAUUUACUGGAUUUCUGGACUUACAUUUCUCCUCUUUUCCCAGGGUAGCCCUUCUUUAGCUGGAUAUUAGCAUACAGGAGGCAUGUCUGCGAGUCAUGCCAAAGAUUCAAGCUUUUUGGGUGGAAGAAUCCCUCCAGAAAUCGAGUCAAUGACGAGAAACUUGAAGGAUGUGGAUCAAGAGUUGUUCAGAAAACUGCUAAAAGCUGUGGUCGGUGCUCUGGAGGGGAAGGACUGCAGAGAAGUCCUGAGGUCGGUCGCAGAGACCAGCGUGGUCCCGCAGGAGAGGCUGAGCCACAUCAUAGCAGGGAUGCACAGAGUCCUGUCCGAGGCCAUCCGCAUCCCUCCAUCUUUACUCAAACAGGAGGCCUUUAAAGAAGAUCUAAGAGAGCUGAAGAUACCUGAAGACUUCAUCACAGACUUCUCCAGUGUGGUUUUUGGAAACCGUCGUGCAGCUCUGGAAGCAGCUUCGUCACAGAAAGACCCACACCUCCCCUCUCUGGAAGAACUUCGAUGGAGAGUGGAUGUUGCCAUUUCAACAAGGUGUCUGUGUCUAAGUUCCAGGAGCUGCGCUACAAUGUGGCUCUGAUUCUUAAAGAGAUGAACGACCUGGAGAAGAGAAGUGUCCUAAAGAUCCAGGACUGAAAACCUCUCCAGAUGAUUUUACUGGUCCAGCUCUUCUGGACUGUUGUACAGCUGCUGUGAUGAAAUGUAAAAAAUGUUUUUCACCCUGUGAUUCUGUCCAACACAAUGUGUAAAUAAUGAUUGAUGUUCUGGUUAAACAUGAAGGCGGGGGGUGUCAGAGGGUCUUACAGCUCUGAAGGCUCUGCUGUGCCACAAACCUCUGUUCACCCAGCUGCUGCCUGAGCUGAAGCUGAGACCAACAGUGCCUGUGAAUGAUUUUAUUCUUGUCAUCAAUAAAUAAAUCUGUAAAACUUCA